AUGUCCUCGGCGCAGGACGCCGAUCUCAUGGACAUUGACAUUGACAUGGAUCUGGAUCUGGACGACCAUGGCCCAGCUCUCGAUGAAGAACUCGAUCUCGAAGAAGGCGAGGAACCAUCGUUCGUGCCCUCCGGCGCACGCGUCCAAGAUACCUCAGCUCUCAUUCCCGCCAUCUACACCGAGGACCCUGCUCUCGAACCACAAUGGAACAAAGUGCACAUCCGCGGUGUCGACGAAAUGCACACCAACGACAUCCUAGGCUUCGUACACGACCACUUUAGUGAGGUGGGAGACAAUGUGCACAUCCAAUGGAUCGAUGAUACAUCUGCCAAUAUCUGCUUCAAAGACAACGAAAUGGCAAAACGCGCUCAACUUGCGUUUGUCGCGACACCAAUCACCGAAGACCAGUUGGUCAAUGCCCCCUUUGAACUGCGAGCCGCGAAGCCCUUGGCAAGCAGACCUGCGAGCAUGCUCGUGGUAAGGGUAGCGCAGCAAGGCGAUCGAAAGAAGAAAAACGCCAGAGACGCGAGCAGAUACUACCUUCUUCAUCCUGACCAAGACCCCACUGAACGAAUGCGACGUGGAUUUGCCGAGUCAAGGGCCGAGGCUGGCGACUACAGGCGAAGAAGAUUUGACGACAGGGAAAUGUACCGGAGAAGAAGAGACAACAACGACGACGAUGGUAAAGAGUUCACGGCGAACAUGUACGACGAUGCGCCUGCGACCGACACCGAAGCCGCCGGAAGAGGUCGAGAUCUGUUUUCCAGGGUGUCCAAGGGUCGACGGCGCAGUGCCAGCCCAAGCAGACGCACGAGAAACAGUGAUGAGAUUGAUAUCUCCGACUCAGAAGAUGACACCCGCACCCGACGGAGAGGAUAUCGCGACCGCAACGACCGAAAUCCGCGCUCCAAUGCAGGUAAAGAGCUCUUUGGGUCGGCCUCCGCUCCACCAAAGGGUGGUGGCGGCUUGCACUCUGAUCGUAUCGAACUCUUCCCGAACAAAGGUCCUGAUACCGACGCGCAAAUGUCCAUCGAGCCAAAUACGGCAUCUUCGUCGAGACCAGCAACCGACCCGGCGAAUUCGCGAGCCAACGCUGCGGCCGCCAAACGCCUCAAGGCAGACCUGCUCAGUGCGGCACAGACCAGUCCCCGCUCGAACCAUCGGAGGAGUCACGCCAUGGACGCGAAGAACGAAGAAGACCUGGCGCAGCGAUUUGCCCGGAAAUCCAUCUCGAUCGACAGUACAAAGUCUUUCAAGAACGGUGGUCUCGCGAACGCCGGCAUCGAACUGUUCCCGUCGGCGAACAGCAACGGUGGCGGGUUGAGCAUCAAGGGCUCUGCUGGUGGAGACGGGGGGUUCAGCAUCAAGGGAUCCGGCGGACUGAGCAUUAAAGGACGGGCAGAGGCUAAGGAGCUGUUUCCCAACCAGUACCAGCGCGAGUCGGGCCGGAACGAAGGCAAGGAGCUAUUUGAUCAGCCUGUGCGCGAGAAGAGAGUUAGGCGACGAGCAGGUGAUCUCUUUGAUUGA